AAAGCCCCAGUAACAGAUACAAACAUCCCUUCUCAUCUGGAGCAGAUGUUGGACAUACUGGUCCAAGAAGAAAAUGAACGGGAGUCUGGAGAGACAGGGCCUUGUAUGGAAUAUUUGCUUCAUCACAAGAUCCUGGAAACGUUAUACACCUUAGGGAAAGCUGAUUGUCCCCCAGGAAUGAAGCAGCAGGUCUUGGUUUUCUACACUAAGCUUCUGGGAAGAAUCCGGCAGCCACUGCUCCCACACAUCAAUGUCCAUAGGCCAGUGCAGAAAUUAAUUCGGCUUUGUGGUGAAGUUCUUGCAACGCCGACGGAAAAUGAAGAAAUUCAGUUCCUUUGUAUUGUGUGUGCAAAGCUGAAGCAAGAUCCCUACUUGGUUAACUUUUUUCUUGAGAAUAAGCUGAAGUCUUUGGCUUCCAAGGGAACACCAGACGUAACCUCAGAAGACUCGUUGAGAAGUCAGGAGGCCUUGUCGACAGACACAGGACAGCCCGGUCGGCCAGAGGAGCCAUCCGGUGCGGCAGGAGUGGAGUCAACAGAGCCAGAGGACGGGCCUGCGCAUCCCAUGGACGAGCUGUCCACCAGCCUGGAUCAUCUCUGCGUUGCAUCUCUGUCCGAGGCCUCCAUGGUCCGUCUGAACCAGGACUACAACCUAGUGAAUUCUCUACUGAACCUCACCCGAAGCCCGCUUGGACUCGUACAGUCAUAA